AUGUCCAACUCACGCCAGUCGGACGUUGUUCCUCCUCCUCCUCAUCAGCGUAUUUUGCUAGUGCUAAUCAUAGUCAUUUCUCGCAUGCUUGCGCAAGAUGGUGGCGUACAAUUCAUCAAAACGAAGGAAGCGGUGGUGACCAAGAUUUGGUCCCCGCCAUGUCACGGCUACGAACCAUUUGUCAGAGCCUGCUCUGUCUCGUAUUAUUUAUUCAUGCUGUUCGUUGCCUGGACUCCGGGUGGGAAGAACGAGUCCAAAGCUUCUUCAAGGACAAAUCAGGUGUUGGUCAUACAAACAAUUGGGCCGUUCUUGUAUGCUCAUCACGUUACUGGUUCAAUUACAGGCACAUGGCCAACACCCUCGGAAUGCGAGUAUCGCACAGUAAAACGGCUGGGUAUUCCCGACUCGAACAUUAUUUUGAUGCUUGCCGACGACGUGUCCUGCAAUGCGAGGAACAAGUUUCCAGCUACGGUUUAUUCCAAUAAUCGCCGCAGUCUCGACCUGUAUGGGGAGAACAUUGAAGUAGACUAUAGAGGCUAUGAAGUCACUGUGGAGAACUUUCUUCGCUUACUGACAGGACGGGUUGAUCCCUCUGUUCCUCGCUCCAAGCGACUGCUCACCGAUGAAAGGAGUAAUAUUUUUGUCUACAUGACUGGGCAUGGUGGCGCAGAAUUCCUCAAGUUUCAGGACAACGAGGAAAUCAGUGCAUUUGACAUAGCAGACGCAUUUGAGCAGAUGUGGCAAAAGAAACGGUACCAUGAAAUCUUCUUCAUGAUCGACACUUGCCAGGCGAAUACUAUGUACUCCAAGUUUUACUCGCCAAACAUUCUAGCGACAGGUUCCUCUGAGAUUGGUGAAAGUUCCUACUCGUAUGUCAACGACGCGGAUAUCGGAGUAGCCGUCAUUGAUCGCUACACCCACCUCGUACUAUCAUUCCUUGAAGGAAUCAACAAAACCUCACAAGCGACAAUGCAAGAACUUUUUGACGCGUAUGACUUCAACCACAUGCGUUCGCACGCUGGAAUACGCACGGACUUAUUUGCAAGAAACCCAUCUGAGGUCCUUUUGACCGACUUCUUUGGGGGUGUUACCCAAACGGAAGUUGUCGAUCUGACGACAGAGCUCUCCCUGACAUCAGAUAUCGCUUCUUGGUCGCACAACUCCUGGACAUACAAAAUGUUCUCCCAACAAUUUUAUAGUGUUCUUUGCGGGCUUCUCGUCACCGUUGGCGUCGUUUACUCGACCCCAGUAGUGUACGAUGGUCGGGCUGCCCUUGGUUUAUCUGAAAGCACGUUUAAUGAUCUCAGCGGCGCCUAUGUCUACGUCGUGAAAGGUAGCAAAAAUGCCAGCGACUAUAUUGAUCUGUCGAAGAGUAUCAAGCCGACCCCACUCUGGGAUAAGCUGUUCCAACCUCCCCAGGAGCAGACAAUUUCGGUAUCUAUCGAUCCCUCCUCAGUCUUUGUCCCCGGAGGCAACCCAGCAAAUGCCCAGAAUGGCUUUCGCCGCACUGAAGUCAUUGCACAACCCAGGAAUCGGACCGUGAUCGAGUCUGGGCGGACAGUAUUCCACUGGUCCAUCAGGAGAGACAAAAAGCACGACCUCAACUAUAAACACGAAUACCAGGUGGUCUUCAUAGAGCCAAAUGAUGGCUCACAUGUAUUUGGGCUUCAGCUCGGAUCGCCAUUCACCUAUCCAACUGGAAGACUUCCAGUUCCCAACGCCCAGUCACUCCGAAUUCUCUCGCGGGAUCUGACCGUUCUAUUCGAGACAGAUUUCACCAAGAAUGAUUGGCAUAACUUUGCAGUACUGGUAGAUUGGAACGCACUGACACUUGGUGUCUACUACUCCAAGAACGGACUUCCUCUGGCCCCCACUUCAUGGCGAACCGUCAAGAAUAAGGGGCUUGUUGCUGGACCAGACGGACAGGGAGACUUUCAUUUCGGCCUCUUAAAGCUUCCUAUUGCAAACCCGGCAGAUAACUCGACGCAGGCCACUGAUGUGGUCCACAGGGGAAUCCAAGAGAACACGACGGAAACGUUGCACUAUUCAGGGGUCUUUGUAGAGAGCGCAGUAGGAGGCCGCGAUAGUACCUAUGACUCUCGACCCCCUGUUAGUAUUAGAAAGGUCAAAGCAGAAUUCUUCCGUGAGGUUGAACCAGAGAUAGGCUCGCGUGUCUUCAUCUCGGGGCUGCCGAAGGACAUUACCAACCAAGACCUCGAGGAUUUUGUGAGCCAGUCCAUUGGUCCCGUUCACGAGGCCUACGUUGUAUAUCAGUAUGGUGGCUCACCUCUGUAUACGGACGCCACACCAACUGCUGGUGCACGGCGAAAUUACGACGCGGAGAUUGGGGAGAAUAUGCGAUAUGUAACCUCUACGGGCUGUGGAAUGGUUCAUUUUCAGCGGGCAAAGGAUGCAAUCGAAGCUUGGGAACAAUUCAAUGGAAGAAUAUUCGACACAAACAACAAUCAAGUGCUCCGUGUUCAAGUUGUUCUGGAUCCUGACGACUCAUGGCUCCUGCCACUGACCGAUCAAACGACUCUGGAGAUUGCUUCCCCUCCAGAUUCAGGGCUGCCUCCUGGAACUCCUUCUACGAUGGGGACACGAGCCAACGGCACAGAACUUGGUACCAGAGUAAAGCAAUAUGACUUCCGUAGCAACUCAACAAGUCAGCCUACUUCUACCCCUUUGAUUCAGCGCCUCGGUUACUCUGAACAAUCCACCAAAGUGGUCACUCUGGGCUCUCAUUUGGUAGGCUCCUCAUCUGCAGUUCCACGCGGAAAGGCAAAGAGGGGACCAGCACGGCUCACGAAGGCCAAGAGGAGAAACCAAUACACUUCUAAAAUCGUCGCGGGUGGUGCAGAGACAAUGCACCUACGGCGGCAGCCCACGGUCCAGGACCUUGAUGCAGACAUAGAUCAGUAUCGUCUAUCCGGUCGAAUGGGAUUUGAUUCUGCGAAGAUGCAUUGA